GAUGAAAUAAAGAUCAGUCAUCUAAAGAUCGGACUGCCAGCCCUGCAGUGGACAUAAGAAGCGCUCCGCACAGCUCAGCGAUCUCCUGGACGCUUUAUUUCACAUCGUAGUUGGGAAAAAAGAGAGAAGUUGCAAUAAUGGGUGUGGUCGUGCAGAACAUGUCCUUCAAGGUGGGACAGACUCUUACCCUUACUGGAGUCCCCACUCCUGACUCCACAAAUUUUGCCAUUAACAUCGGUCAAAGUCCUGAAGAAUUUGCUUUACACUUCAACCCUCGUUUUGAUGCCCAUGGUGACCAGCGUGCUAUAGUGUGCAAUUCAUACCAGGGUGGUAAAUGGUGUGAGGAGCAAAGACCGGGCUCCUUUCCCUUCAAUCAGAAUGAGGAGUUUCAGAUAAAAAUCUCAUUCACCCCUGAGGAGUUCCAGGUGAAACUUACAGAUGGCUCUGAAGUUCACUUCCCUAACCGCCCAGGCGCUGAGAAGUACAUGUACAUGCAAUUUGAUGGUGAUGUCAGGAUCCAUGGAAUCGAAAUUAAGUAGACUUGACCAGAAUGAGAACAAGAUUAACACAACUCACUGUCUUAUUACCUAUCCAGCUCUGUUAUUAGUAUUGUAACAGCCAUCUCUGUCUAUCAAUUGCAGUACAUUCUGUCAUUUGUGUGCCAAAUCAGCAUAAGAACAGUGUUGUAGUACUGCCUUUGUCGACCACUAGAGGGAGCACAACUACAGUACAUUUUCCAUGGGUUUUAGUUGGUCUGUAUGAAAACAUUACAGUAGCAGAGGUGGUUGACAUUUUCUGAACAAGGUAACUUUCUUUCAAGUUACGUUUUUUGCAGUUUAACACAACAUGUGCCUAAAUAUAUCCUUAUUUGAUACUAAAGCAAAGUUAUAAGCCGUUAACUGUUAGCAGUAAAAUAAAAUCAUGUUCUCACAAAUUAAAA